CAGUUUCCUGUUAAAUGACUCUUUUGUCACUGCCAUGGUUCACUCUUCCUCUUUACACAUCUCUGCUUGACUCUCCCUCCUGUCAUUUCAGAGGAAAGAUGCAGUCGCUGGACGUCUGUCUGAUUCUCCUGCUCAACGCCGGGCGAGUCGCUGCACAGGACAAUGGACAAGUGUGUUACAUUCUGGACGGGAUUCUGAUUGUUUAUGGCAUUGUGUUGACCGUCCUUUACUGCAGAUUAAAGAUGCGUUCGUCUGGAAAGAAAGCUCUCUCAGAGAAAGGAGACGCCGACAUUUAUCAGGAUCUGGGCCGGCGAGAUGCGGACACUUACGACACACUUCAUCAGGGGAAGAAAAAGCCGCUGGCCUGAGAAUGUCUCAAAGCGUACAGCUCAUUUGGUGUUCGUGUGCAAUACAGUCCUAAAAUGUGUAUUUUUGCUUUGUUUAUAAAUAAGCAAACUAGCAGAGAUUCUGCUUUAUUGUCAUUGUUCGCUUUAUUGUUUGUUUCUUUCAGACAAACGUCACAAUUAAUAUAUUAAAUACAUGUAUAAGGCUUUCAAUAUAAUAAAAGUAUAUUUUUAACUGGGA